UUCACCUCUCUUGCUUCUCUCUCUAGCAUUCUAGCCCAACCUUCAAAUCUUGGCUCAUCUCUGUCGUCCCUCUCCUUACCCCUUGAAAAUCUCGCCGGAAACUGCCGCUCUUGCAUUUUCGUCGACUUUUAGGAUUUUCCGGUGGGUCUCAUGGAAUCUCUCCUUGAAUCCGGAUGGCUGUACCUGAUCACACACUUCAGUGAUUUUCAGCUGGCAUCCUUUGGCAGUUUCUUGCUUCACGAGAGCGUCUUUUUCUUGUCAGGACUGCCAUUUAUCUUUCUUGAAAGGGCUGGAAUCCUAAGCAAGUACAAAAUCCAGAGUAAAAACAAUACUCCAGCUGCCCAAGAAAAAUGCAUUACUCAUCUCCUACUGUAUCACAUUUGUGUAAAUCUUCCCCUCAUGCUUGCUUCGUAUCCUGUAUUCAGAUACAUGGGCUUGAGAAGUAGUCUGCCUUUGCCAUCCUGGAAAGUAGUUUUACCUCAAAUUCUUUGCUACUUUGUCUUGGAGGAUUUUGUCUUUUACUGGGGCCAUAGGAUUUUACAUACUAAGUGGUUGUACAAGCAUGUUCACAGUGUACAUCAUGAAUAUGCUACACCAUUUGGUUUGACUUCUGAAUAUGCCCACCCAGCUGAGAUAUUGUUCCUUGGUUUUGCCACCAUCGUUGGCCCUGCUAUCACUGGCCCUCAUCUGUUCACCUUGUGGCUAUGGAUGUCAUUGAGAGUUUUGGAGACAGUCGAGGCACAUUGUGGCUACCAUUUUCCUUGGAGCCUAUCAAACGUCUUUCCUCUAUAUGGAGGGGCUGAUUUUCAUGAUUACCAUCAUCGUCUUCUUUACACCAAAUCCGGCAACUACUCGUCAACUUUCACAUACAUGGAUUGGUUAUUUGGUACUGACAAGGGAUAUCGAAAGCUGAAGGCCCUUAAGGAGUAAUGGAGCUAACUGCUUGAAAUUGAUGGGAGAAAUUUUGUAUACCAAGGAUUGCAGCACCAGUAACUUCUGGUUGGUGGGUGCAUUUGAAAAGGUUUCUGCUUUAUUACCGUUCCAUUUGGAUCCUAAUGUGCUUUCUCAGGUGUGCAAGCUGGGUUUUCAUGUAAGAUUGUUAUGAAUGAGGGAGUGGCCCCAUUCACACAAUCUAUAUGAAUGGCAGCAUUUGUGUUAUUUUCUUUCCUCGUCUCGGGGUUUCAAUGAAGUAUAAUUUAAACUUUUAUUGUAUGCUGAAGGAUCCAUACUGGACAUCUCUGUUUCAUAAUUCAAAAUUUCGAUCUAUAGGUUCAUCAAUGGG